UACGCAAACAACGCAGAACUUUCUUGCGCGAGCGUAGCUCCAAACUCACAGAUCACGGUCUCCGCUGAGGAAUGUGAUCUUGAAAUCACUUGUGUGACGUACGCCUGCUGUUUCACCGGCAUUUUAACAGCUCAGUUAACAUGUAUUGAUUGCUUGGAACGAAAGUACGCAGUUUUAGACAUCGAAAAGCAGAACAAUUGUAUCUGUGUAGAGUGACAGAAAGAGCGAGAAUCAUGAUGAAGAUCAGUCCUCAUUUACUGUUUCUCUUCGGUCCUUAACAGACAGUCGGAAUCUUAGCUUUGACGUGUAAGACAUCACAACGGCCAUAGAAGAGAUAAAAAGGAGGGAGUUGAGCUCUUCCUCUGUGCAAGCUUCAUCAUCCUCUCCAUCUGCAAUGGAGAUUGCCCUGGCUCAUCCUGCCCUGAAGGCCUUCAUGUGCGGCUCUCUCAGUGGCACCUGCUCCACUCUGCUGUUCCAGCCAUUGGAUCUGGUGAAGACCAGACUGCAGACCCUGCAGAACAUGCACCCGGGUGCUCCUAAAGUGGGAAUGAUUACAGUCUUUUUCAACGUGAUCCGCACAGAGAAGCUGUUUGGCCUGUGGAAGGGGGUUUCACCAUCGUUCAUGCGAUGUAUCCCUGGUGUAGGGAUCUACUUCAGCACAUUUUACUCGCUGAAGCAGCAUUACUUCCAGGAUGGCUCUCCGAGUGCUGGGGAGGCGGUGUUGCUCGGGGCAGGGGCUCGUUGUGUGGCAGGCGUGGCCAUGCUGCCCAUCACAGUCAUUAAGACUCGUUUUGAGAGUGGGCGGUACAAUUACGUAAGCGUAGCUGGAGCUCUUAAAAGUGUGUGUCAGAACGAAGGUCCAAGGGCUCUUUACUCCGGGCUCACGGCGACUCUGCUCAGAGACGCUCCGUUCUCUGGCAUCUAUGUCAUGUUCUAUAGCCAGGCCAAAAAGGCUUUACCACAGGAGAUCAGCUCGUCAUCCUUUGUCCCGCUGGUUAAUUUUGGCUGUGGUGUGGUGGCUGGAAUUUUGGCCUCUCUAGCCACUCAGCCAGCGGAUGUGAUCAAAACUCACAUGCAAGUCAGCCCGGCAUUGUAUCGCAAGACCAGCGAUGCUGUACGCCACGUUUAUGCUAAGCAUGGCUUGAGCGGGUUCUUUCGGGGGGCGGUUCCUCGUUCUCUGAGGAGGACCCUGAUGGCUGCCAUGGCCUGGACUGUGUACGAGCAGCUGAUGGCGCGCAUGGGCCUGAAGUCCUAAAGUCAUCUCAUGCACUUUUUUUGUAGACUUUUCAGACACUGGCAAAAGAUGGCGUUCUGUCAUCCUUGGAGAAUUGAUAAAAAUGAAAGCAGCUCGUGUUGGCUGAGGUGCCGGUAAUAGAAGGGUUGUGUGUAUGUGUUUGUGUUUUCAGUGCUUUACCCUGUGACACCUCUGACAGUGACAUUCCUAAAUUGCCACAUUUAUCUGCCUUGGAGACACCUGUUCAUUGAGACAGGGGUUCGCACUGAAGAAUCCCAAUGAGAGACAGACUGCUAAAUCAUGUGUCAUCAGCUCACAAGAAAAUCACUCCUUUUACAAAAAGAAAAUCCUCCUCGCUAACCAGUGAACUCCAUAUACCACACGUGUCAGUGUCAUUUUAAAAAGUUGCAGGUUUUUCAGAAAUGCACGACCCUGUGUUUGAGACCAUUAAGCGAAGACCAUUAAUUCAAAAAUCCCUUUUAGUCGAGGAUCCAAGACAUGUUGACAUAAUACUCCAGCACUCCGACAAUCACACCAAAUUACUCUAGGGCUGAACUGACAACACAUGACUGUCUCAUCAACACACUCCGUUCCGGCUGAUAAUUGCGCGUCUCUAUGCGAUGAUUUGUGCUGUUCUACUGAUCUCCUGUGUUAUAUGACUGGAUGGAUUUAUCAGUGCAUUCCAGUACACUGGGUUUUUAUUUUCUUGAUCACUCACUCCUGGGCACAGACAAAGGCAGGAUUUGGAUAGAAUGAGACUUUGUAAGAUUUAGACCAGGAGAAAUGCUUAAUAUUUAUUAAAGAAAGAUGGAAACAAGUGUUAUAGUUCCUAAGAAAAUGAUGUUUGAAGUGGAAAGGAAAAAGGAUUUUUUUUUUUUUUUUACAGUGAGAAAUUACAAUACUUAAUUUAUCGUAUUUGCAAAUGUGUUGUUGGACAAUUUUAAUUGACGUUUUGUCGUAUUGACGUAUUGUGUAAUAACUGCUGUAAGACGCCAUAGUAUCAUCAGUGGUGCUUGGUGUGAACACAACAGUUCAAUGUUAAUUCUACGUGAUCCAUAGGGUGAAUUUUAUGAAAUCUGCCAAGAACAUGUCCGGGUGGUUGUUGUUCACCCUUAACAAAGAGAGAGAACCAAUAAAAAUUUGAAAGAAAAUGAAGCCUGUUAGAACUAUUAGGAUUUUUGGCAUUGUGAUAUUAUAUUUUUAGUGCAAUUAGGCAUAUUUUCUUCCCAAAUUAUCAUUACUUUAAUGUGAUGUUUUAUUUAAAAAAAAAAAAAUAUAUAUAUAUACACACACUUAUUUUUUACACCAUAGUAGUCUUUGUUGUACUGCCUUUAAUAUAAUUUUUUUCAAAUUUAAAUCAGCAUAUUACAGUCAUUUUUACUAUAAAAACUUUAGGGAAAAAGGAGAAAACCUUAAAAGUAAAAUGCAGGGAUGCAUUACAAUAAUGAGAAUUGGGAAAUAUGCUUAAUUGUCAAAAUGCAAAAAUCUUAAUGUAUUUAAAUAGAUUUCAAUUUCUUUAAGCCAAAUAUAAUUUCUUUCUUUUUAAUUGUUAUCAUAUUUUCCUUAAACGUUUGGGGGUAAACAUCUCCCGGACACAUUUUCAUGACAUUCACCCCAUAAGCCUUUGGGUUUCUCAUUCUCUCCAGCAUUCUGUCUUGGUGAUGGUACUUUGUCAUUUGCCACUUUAUAUACUUCGAGGGUUCAUAUGUGCACUGGUCAAUGUUUUGAUUAAGUGAGUUUGACCAGGAAUUUGAUGUAUUUAAGUCAUAAUUUCAUUUAGUUAGCGGAAUUCAAUUCAGUUAACUAAUUGUUUGGAAUUGUUUUGAUUGGCUUAUCCCUUAUCCCAAGAUUAUCUUCUGCAGUAUGCAGUUUAAUGACCAUAAUAUGAAGUUUGAAGACAAAUGGAGCCAAAACACUAGUUUUAAAUCAGUUAAGAGGGUUCAUAAGUUUCUAUCACACUGCACACUACAUGCAUAGUUUGUGAAAGCACUUUAAAUUCCGUUAAGUUGACUCCAUUCAAACUGAAUCUGGGCGGUGUGUGUGUGUGUGUGUGUGUGUGUGUGUGUGUGUGUUGGUCACAUGAUGCUAUGUAAGCCGUUGUGCUUAGUGCUGUACUGUGGAGAUAUUCUUUUGCCUUCACAUAAUCAGUAUUGUCUCUUCAGCAUUAUUGUUGAUAUUUUGUCUGUAUGUGAGAAUUUUUGCACAUGCAAAUGUUGUGCCUAUGUUAAUAUGUGAAUAAAUCUGCCCCGUUUUAUAAAUGGUGGUAAAAGUU